GGCAUUUUGGAGUGAUGUACGAGGUGAAAUAUCGCAUGGUCACCCUCUCCACCCUCCACAUCAAAACCGAUGCGGCUCGUGAACGGGACGGCUAUCACUUUGAGAUGGCGCUAAGCCGCAAGUAGGUAUGGUACAGCUACUGGACGGGGUGACUGCAUGUGCUUUCCAGCCAUGCCCGAGAUCUACUUCUUACCCUGUCUGUAUCGCGAACGGUUGGUAGACAUCUGGAGGAGUCCGAGAGGUGUUAUGAUGGUGAGCGGGCCUCUUAUGGGCAGGAUACCGCAGCUAUGUUCAACCGCCUCAAGGGGUUCAACCUUGACAACUUCCUCGAUGGGAAGAUAGCCGAAGAGCAGGCGAAGCAAGCGAAAACCUCACAGUCGCCGAAGAGAACAGCAAGCAAUGCCGGACCUAGGAGGAGCAGUGCGCGUACUGGCUCACCGGCGCAGAGAGCGGGCAGCAGGUUGAGGGCGCCGGAAGGUGCUGAUGCAGCUGUCUCAGGUAAAGGCCCGGAUCCGGAGGAGUUUGUGAUUGGUGAUGAGGCUUCAGACCUCUCAAGGGCGCCUACGCCCCGACCUGCAAAGGAGAGUGCUGAGCCGGCGGAAGCUGCGCAACGUGAUGGAGGUGAGAAGAUCGACGGUCAAGAUGCUGCAGCUCCGAGCAGCAAAGGUAAGGAGAAGGCGGAGGAUGACGAGCUGCCAUUGGAGGUACGGAAGAAGUUGGCAAGACUGGAGACGCUUACGACCAAGUAUCAAGAUCUACUCCGAAACUACCGAACAGCGCACGCGCGCGUCUCCGCAAUUGAACCCUUCGAAGCAAUGCUAAGGGAGAGCACGCCGCUUACUUCGAUCGCCGAGCCCAGCGCACUGGUGGAGUUUCUCAACCAGCGGAAACAGCAAAGUGACAUGGUCUUGGACGAGCUAAAGAGAUUGUCUGGCGAACGCACGGAUCUUCUCAAAGAGCGCGAUGAGUUGAAAGAAAAGCUCGACGAGGCGGAGAAGAAAGCUAAGGAUGCAUUCGACGAAGCAGCUGGCUUGCGCGAACAGCGUGCGGCGGUAGCAAACAAUGCAGCAGAGAGCAGAUCGAGCCUUGACCCGCUUGGCGCGCUUCAAGACGACUCCGCGAAGAGCGCACCAGGCGGAGAGGACGAGUUCUUUUCGUACGAAGCAGAGCAGCAGAGAGACGUAGAGGUCAAGCUGAAGCAGCGUGAGCACGAGAUCGAGGAACAACAAGCGUACAUCAAUGAGCUGUCCACGGAAAACGCGACCUUGCGCCAAGGUUUCGAUUCGGCGCAGCUUGACCUCGACGCUAUGCGCAACAAGGUCGGCGUCAAGGAGCGAGACCUCGCAGGCGUACAAGCGGAGCUGCAAGAGACGAAGGCGAAACUUGAAGAAGCCGCUCGUGCUCGUGAAGAGGCGCAAGAGCAGGAGUCAGAAGCGGCCGCACUGCUUGCACAAACGGAGAGCGAGGUGGUACACCUGCAGGACAGGCUCAAGCAGUACAAGGAGAACCUCGAUGAACAGGGUAAGGAGCUGCAAGAGAAGGCUGCCUUGGCUGAGGAGAAUCUCAAGAAGUACCAGCAGGCGCACGCGGAGAACUUGAAAAAAGGCGUCUACGCACAGCGGGAGGAGAAGGGUUUGGAGGCCUUGCGCAAUACCGUCAACAUGCUCAGAGACCAAGCCAAGCAGGCGGAUGACGAUAAGAAGAAAGCACAGGGUCAGAUGAACGAUCUCCAGCUAGAAAUUAAUAGGCUAGAGUCCGAGGCAACGAGCCGCGCUGCCCUCGUCGAGUCGUUACGUGGCCAAGAAGCAGCAGCGGAAAGCUACAAGAAGAAGAUGGUAGAGGCGGAGAACGAGCGUGACGAAGCACGCCGACUAGCAGAAAGUAAGAAAGGCCAUGAAGCUGCCGUAGCAAGCUUGCGAAGCCAGCUCAAGCGCGCUAUCGACGACAGAGACGCGGCUUACCAGAUGAUCAUCAACUGUGGCAAGUGCGAGACACCGGAGAAGGAAGAGGGUAAGAGACCUGAGACUCCCACGGAAGAGAGCAGCACGCCCAGCUCGAGAUCUCGUGGUGCGUCGGAAACGACAGAGGUGACCGAGGCUUCGACUCAAGUGACGGAGGUUAGCACGCCAUCGAUAGACGGCGGUGAGGCUGAAGUAGGCGGCGAAGCGAAGAAGAAGGCGAAGAAGAAGAAGUCCAACAAGAAGAAGAAGGCUCCUGGUGAUACAUCGAGCGACUCACUAGCUCCCGGUCCCGGCCCGUCUAUUGACGAGCUUAUUGCGGAGCCGGAGAAGGCGAAGGAACUACUGAAUCGUGAAGGCGCUGAGCGUGAGCUUAUGUUGGCUUUCGUGAAGCGCUCUAUCGAUAAGGCGCGGCAUGAGGACGAUGCAAGGGAUGAUGAGCGUGACGAGGUCAUUAAACAUCACGAACAUAUGCUGGAAGUGCAAGAUCAGACGAUCCGGGACCAUAGACGACUGGUGAUGGAGAGGGAUGAGGAGAUCGAGCGGCUGAAGCGCGCAAUCACGGAGAAGGAGGCCGCUAUUGACCGGAUCGCGGCGAAGUUGAAAGGGGAAGAAGACCUGAGAGAGGAGAUCGAAACUUUGAGGGAGGGACUGACCGAGACGGGAUCUCAGGCGACGGACGCCAUGCAUCAAUUGAAGACUGUGAGAGAGGAGAAAGAGCGCUUGAGGGAGGAGUACGAGGAGUUGCAGGCGGAGAGCGAUGGGAAGCAGAAAACGCUCAAGGAUGCAGAAGCUCAGCGAGGCUAUCUGGCAGCGAGAUGCAAGACGCUGGAGAAGGAGGCGGUGGAGCUGAAGCGGUCGAUCUCUGCCGCGCCCUCUUCCGAGGAGCUUACGUCGUUGAAAGAACAACUCAGCGCCGCAGAAAACGAGAAGGAGUCAUUGCAGCUCGCGAAGGAGGCAUCGGAGAAGGAGGUUGAGGAGCUGAAAGCGAAGCACGGUGCUAGCGGCGCUGAGCACGAUGCAAAGCACAAGUCCCUCAGCGCCGACUUCGAAGAGCUGAAGUCGAAGGCCGCCGAGCUGGAAAAGGAUCUGGCAGCGGCCAACAACCUUGCGCAGACGCGGUUUAAGGAUCUGACGGAUCUGCGCGAACAUCUCAACAAAUUGCAGCCGGAUCUGAAGAGGCUCAGGGAGGAGUCCGCAGAGCUGAAGGUUGUGAAGGCCGACUUGGAGAAAGCGAGUGGCAGUCUCAGAAGGCUCGAAGCAAAGGAGAAGGAUUUACGGUCCGAGAUUGCAGAGUACAAGUCACAAAGUGCUAUGAAAGACGGUGAGAUUACUAAGCUUCGAGAGCAAGCGAAGAGCAGCGAUGAACGUAGCAAAGCACUCGAAGAGUCUUACGAGAACGCGCGCAAAGACCUCGAGCAGAGCCAGAGUAAGCGCGACGAGGCGGCUGAGACUCGAGACAGGAUACAAGCCGACCUCCAGAAGGCCGAGCAAAGCUUGAGGCAGUCGAAGAGCAGUCUCGACCAACUGGAGAAAGAAGUCAACAAGCUCCGCGACGAAGCCAACAAGCUACGCGAGGAGCUGCAGCUCAAAGGUGCCCAGCAACAAAGCGCACAGAGCAUGAUGGACAGCCAUCGCGAACAAAAUCGCGAGCUAGUCACACAGAUGCGAGAGGUCCGCGAGCGCAACGAGAAUCUGGAGGAAGAGCUAGCGGACGCUCAUCGCUCGCUUUCAGAGCGUAGUCGUGAAGGCGAAACUAUGCGGCGGUUGCUUGCCGAUGCUGAAAGUCGCGCUGAAAGCCGCGUCAAGGAGAUGCGGGAGCAGAUGAGUUUGGCCAUUGAGGAGAGAGACCGAGCCGAGGAUGAGGCCAGCGCCGUUGCGAGGCGGAAGGCACGGGAGCUCGAAGACCUAAAAACGAGGGUAAGGGAGGCGGAGCGGGAGGCCGCUUCAGCGAAGGACGCGAAAGACGAUGCCGAACGUCGUGAGCGAAGCUUCAAGGAGAAGCAAGAAGAGCUGGAGAAGCGCGCCGUGCAGGCGCAGGAAGAGCUAGCGGAAGUCAGGUCGGCCAUGGCGCAGCUCCGCGAUGCGCUUGAUGACAGUGAGCGACAGUCUGGAAGUCUGGAGCGCGAGAAGGCUGAGCUGAGAAGGGAGGUUGAGGAGCGCCAGACUCGACUGGAUAAGCUGCAGAAGUCCAGCCGAGCCAUGUCCGAAGAGCUGCGGACAUUGCAGACCACGCACAAGCUUCGACAGGGAAGCAUACAAUCGUCGCGCUCCUCCCUGGAGUCGCCGCGCGUGACCUCGCCUGCACCGUCGAGGACGGCUGACGGUGCGCCUGUGGCCAUGGCUGGAGUUGGGAGCGCGAAAGACGCGGUGGACAUGAAGUAUCUCCGUACGGUGCUGCUGCAGUUCUUGGGUCAGGAGAAGAAACAUCAGAUGCAGUUCGUGCCUGUGUUAGGCGAGCUGCUGCAUUUUGAUAAGCAAGAACGGCAGAAAUGGGAGGCGGCUAUUGCUGCGAGAUGAGAGCAUAAAGAUGUCGUUCGAUUGGGCAU